UUUUAGAAACAAAUGAAUAAUAGAUCAUUACUGGCACCAGGUGGCCGAAAGGUACAAGCAAGGAACUUGGAGAAGACGAAAGGAAACUUUUUAAAUUUUAGAAAGCUAGAAGAUGUUGAUUUUUCCAUCAGCAAAAGAUGAUGAUCAGACAUGUGCAGUCAGUCAUAUUUCAGAAUUUAUCAAAAUUAAAGUAGAACCUGUUGGACGAUGGUAUGAAGCACUUUGUGCACGAAGGAGAAAUCGCUAUAGUACUUCAGGACAUUCAGUUGAAAGUAGUAGUUCAGAAGAUGAAGAGUCUGAAGAAGAGGAGGCAGAAGAAGAUGUAUCUUAUUUGCGUAGCCUAGAUCCUAAAGACUGGAAAAAUCAAGACCACUAUGCCGUCUUGGGACUGAAGAACAAAAGGUACACAUCUACAGAGGAUGAACUAAAAAGAGCUUACAGGCGAAAAGUUUUGCGUCAUCAUCCUGACAAACGCAAAAAUGCUGGGGAAGCAGUACAAGACCUAGAUCAUGAUUAUUUUUCUUGUAUAACACGAGCUUACGAGAUAUUAGGCCAUCCAACUAAGAGACGAUCUUAUGACAGUGUUGAUCCAGAGUUUGAUGAAGAAAUACCAUCAAUUAACAAUCAUAGUAAAGAUAACUUCUUUGAAGUUUUUGAACCGGUUUUUAGAAGAAACGAAAGGUGGUCUGUGAAGCGUAAUGUACCUCAUCUAGGUAGCAGUGAUUCUACCUUUGAAGAAGUGGACAAGUUUUACAAGUUUUGGUAUGACUUUGAUUCUUGGCGGGAGUUCUCCUACUUAGACGAAGAAGAGAAAGAAAAAGGAGAAAACCGUGAAGAACGAAGGUGGAUAGAAAAACAAAAUAAGGUAGCGAGACAAAGGAGAAAAAAAGAAGAAAUGUCUCGAAUUCGACAACUUGUUGACAAUGCCUAUGCCUGUGACCCUCGAAUUCAGAAAUUCAAAGAUGAAGAAAAACAGAGGAAACUUGCUCAGAAAAAAGCUAAACAGGAAGCAGCUAGAGCUAAAGUAGAGGAAGAAGAAAGAAAACGUCAAGAAACCUUAGAAGCUGAGAAAAAAGCAAAAGAAAAAGAAGAGGAGGAAGCGAGGUUACAGAGGGAGAAAGAGAAGAAAGAAAAAGAGGCUUUAAAAAAGCUGACAAAAAAGGAAAGAAAGACUUUGCAACAGCUUUGUGAAAAAUAUGGUUACUUUGCUGAGAAUGAAGAGGAGAGAGUGUUAAACCUGCAAAAUGUAGAUAAACUGUCUAAACUACUGACGUUAGAAAGAAUUCAGGCACUUAAUGAAGUGCUUCAGGAAAGUGACGAACAACAAGGAAAAGAAGCAUUUCUUUCAGAAGUUAAGUCUCUGAAUGAUCAAAUUGCGAAAGAAAAAGAAGAAUUAGUUGCAGCUGUCCAGAAAUCUUCUAAUACAUGUUCUGAAUCAGUUAGUGGUAAACAGUGGUCUCAUGAUGACUUGCAGUUAUUAGUGAAGGCAGUCAACCUCUUUCCUGCUGGGACGAGUAACAGGUGGGAAGUUGUUGCUGCCUUUGUAACUCAACACUCUGUAACUGGUACACAGAGAACAGCUAAAGAAGUUUUAGCAAAGGCCAAGAACUUACAGAAACAAGACACCAAUCUGAAAGAAGAAGUUAACCGAAAAGCUUACGAAAAACUUGAAAAAUCCCAAAAACCAACAGUUAUCAAUGAUGAAUCUGCACCGUCAGAAAGAUUUGAAUCUCCAGCAGAGCAGCAAGGAGUUGCUCCCUGGACAGGAGAGGAACAGCGACUGCUAGAACAAGCUUUAAAGACCUAUCCAGCAUCCACUCCUGAUCGCUGGGACAGAAUUGCAGUGUGUGUUCCUGGCCGUAGCAAAAAAGAAUGUAUGAAAAGAUAUAAGGAACUGGUAGAGAUGGUGAAGGCCAAGAAAGCUGCCCAAGCUGCUGCUGCUGCCACAAAGAAGUGACGUGUAAAGAUAUAAAUAAAAAAAAUACAUUUCCAACUUUUACAAUGUUUAAAGUAGACAUUUAAUAGGAAAUAAUAGUAGUAAUUAUUGUAUUUGUGAAAACUAAUAAGGAAAUAUACAUUUUCAGACAUUGUU